AUGGAAAUUUCUUUUUCAGAAUUCCAUAAAUUAGAUGAUUAUAUUCAUCAUUAUGAACCAUUAAAUUAUGAUACCAAACAGUUUCAUGCUAAUCAUGAAAGAGUUAAACGUUCUAUUGAACCGCAUCUUUACCUCAAAUUUAAAGCAUUUGAUAGAGAUUUUAAUAUAAAAUUAAAGCAAGAUAAAACUAUAUUUAGUGAUACACAUCGUCAUAAAAAUGAGGAUGGUAAAACAGAAUCCUAUAUUGAUACAUCAUUUAUAUAUCAUGGUCAUCUUACAGGUAAGCCAUAUGUACCAACAAGUUAUGCUCAUAUGGCAGUUAUUAAUGGAACAGCAAGAGGUUUCAUUCGUAUCCCUGGGGAUGCUAUAUACCAUAUAGAUCCUGCAGAAAUAUAUCUUAAAAAUCCUGAAUUUCAUUCAGUUAUUUAUUCUGAAAAACACAUGGAUCUGGAUCCUUAUCAAUUUGGGCCAAUCUCUGCAUGUCAGAUUUGGGCCAUUCUCUACAUGUCAGAAUUUGUGUUGAUCUUUGCAUUAUAUGAGGCCAGUAAUAUUUAUGCUAGAGAAAGUAAUGAGCAAGAUAGCGAAAAAUAUCAUCGAACACGCAGAGAUAAUCUGGGAAUUAAAAAUACUUGUAAUUUAUACCUACGAUCCGAUCCUAUGCUAUGGAAUCAUACUGAUGAAAGAACAAAAGAAGAGAUCAUCGCCUUUUUCUCCAGCCAUGUAGCUGCUAUUAAUGAAAUAUAUUCUCGUACAGUAUUUGAAACAUAUGAUCGUAAUAUACAAUGGAGUGGUGUUAAUUUUGUAGUACAAAGAACUAGCAUAAUGACAAAUACUGGGCAGAAAUGUAAUACUGCAGCUCAAACAGCAUAUUGUAAUAGUAAUAUUGAUGUCAGUAAUUUCCUCAAUUUAAACUCACUAGAUAACCAUGAUGAUUUCUGCUUAGCCUAUGUUUUUACCUAUCGUGACUUUAAUCAAGGUACACUUGGUCUGGCCUGGGUUGGAGCUGCCACAAGAGCUGCUGGUGGUAUAUGUGAAAAGUAUAAAAAGUAUCCAGAAAAUGAUAUCGAAGUUGGUAAAAGUUUGAAUACUGGUAUUGUUACAAUUGUCAAUUAUGGUAAAAAAGUGCCCUCCAGAGUUUCUCAUUUAACCUUUGCCCAUGAAGUUGGACAUAAUUUUGGAUCACCUCAUGACACUGGUGUUGAGUGUGCACCCUAUGGUACCAGUGAUCCACAAGCUGCCAUGGGUAACUACAUUAUGUUCUCCAGUGCUACUAUGGGUGAUAAAGAUAACAACGACAACUUCUCUAAAUGUAGUAAAGAUAAUAUUACCAGAGUUUUAGAUGCAGUUAUUAACAAAAAUAAUGGCAAGGUCAAUUGUUUUCAAUCCUCAACCACUGCUUUCUGUGGUAAUGGAUUGGUGGAAGAGGGUGAAGAGUGUGAUUGUGGCUAUGUAUCUGAUUGUACUGAUAAAUGUUGUUAUGCUAAAAAUUCGGAAGGUAAAGAAUGUACAAGAAGACCCAACAAAAUAUGCAGUCCAACAGCAGGGCCAUGUUGUAGUGUUGAAUGUGAAUUUUUGCCAAAAUCAGAAGUCUGUCGACCAUCUGAUUCUUGUACCAAAGAAUCAUUAUUUACAGGAGGAAGUUCAUCAUGUCCUGAACCAGGAAGACAACCUAAUAAAACUUUCUGCAAUGAUAAAACUCAAGUUUGUUUGGAAGGGGAAUGUCGUGGCUCAGUUUGUUUAAGAAUUGAUUGGGGUGAAUGUUUUCUCACGUCAACUGAAGGUGAUAAUGGUCCAUCUAAGGAAGAAUUAUGUUUUAUAGCUUGUAUGAUUUUAGUGGAUUGUGUGCUAGCAAAUACUACAAAACCUCAGAAAGUCUUUCUUCGAUCAUAUUUAUUUUUAGGUUCUCCAUGUGAUAAUUUCCGUGGGUAUUGUGAUGUCUUCCAUCGUUGUCGAGGUGUAGAUGCUGAAGGACCAUUAGCUAGAUUAAAAAAUCUUAUAUUUGAUCCCAAAAAUUUACAGACCAUUAAAGAUUGGAUAGAGGAAAAUUGGUGGGCAGUAUUAUUGAUGGCUAUAGGUUUAGUGGUAGUAAUGGGAGUUUUUAUUAAAGUAUGUGCUGUACAUACACCUAGUAGUAAUCCACGUAAAGCAGCUGCUCGUAAACUAACAUUACCACGUCGUGGCCAGCACAGUCAGCCGCCGCCACCUGGUGGUAAUAAACAAAAUAGACGUAAUCCGCAAGGAAACUUUUCGGUAAGUAAAUAUGAACUUCACUUAGACAUAUAG